AUAUUCUCUCCUUCUAUUACGAGUACUUGUAUUCUCACUCAUUACUCAUUUAUUAUUACUCUCCGCAACGGCUCAACCUCCUCUUCUUCCCUCACAUUCUAAACUCUAAAGUAACUCUAACUUUGUCCAUGAUCAUGGACACUGAAAACCCCAAUCCUUUUCCUAAACCCUCCAAAAUAACUCGGCUAAACGGUUUCGUGGCGCGCAGCCGAGUCGGUAAGCGUUUCAAACUAACAGAACGUCGCACAACCUUCACAACCGAGCUUCGUGCCGGCACCGCCACUUUCCUUACGAUGGCCUAUAUCCUAGCUGUCAACGCUUCGAUUCUAGCGGACUCGGGUGGCACGUGUUCGGUUUCUGAUUGUAUCCCUCUCUGUUCUGACUCUGCUUUCCCUACUACUGAUUGUUCGGGCCCCACCCGACAUAUCAUCACCCCGGAUGACACGUGUAAGUUCAACCCGGUGAAUCCCGGGUACAACGCCUGUUUGGCGAGGAUCAGAAAGGACCUGAUCGUCGCCACGGUGGCGUCGUCUCUUAUUGGGUGUUUCGUCAUGGGAGUUUUCGCUAAUUUACCACUCGCUUUGGCUCCCGGAAUGGGGACCAACGCUUAUUUUGCCUACACUGUGGUGGGUUUCCAUGGGUCGGGAAGCAUCCCUUACAAAACUGCCCUUACUGCAGUUUUUGUAGAGGGUUUAAUAUUCUUAGCGUUAUCCGCGAUCGGACUCCGAGCAAAGUUCGCUAAAUUAGUACCUAAACCAGUCCGAAUUUCAUCUUCAGCCGGAAUCGGGUUAUUCCUCGCAUUCAUUGGGCUACAAAACAGCCAAGGAAUCGGGCUAAUUGGUUAUAGCGGGUCAACUCUGUUAACACUCGGUGGGUGCCCGAGUUCAUCACGAGUGUCAGUCGCUCCGGUGGUAAAUUCCUUAAACGGAACAUCUGUCCUCCCCGGCGGCAGUAUCUCCGACAAGAUUUAUUGCCUAAACCAUCGUAUGGAAAGCCACACAUUAUGGUUGGGUAUAGUUGGGUUUUUUAUUAUAGCAUAUUGCUGGGUGAAAAAGAUAAAGGGGGCAAUGAUUUACGGGAUCGUUUUUGUUACUGCCAUUUCGUGGUUUCGGGACACGAGUGUCACGGCGUUUCCUCACACGGAAGCCGGGGACGCUGCGUUUGAAUACUUUAAGAAGGUGGUUGAUAUUCACACGAUCAAAAACACUGCUGGAGCUCUCAGUUUAAGUGGAAUUACUAAAGGGCCCUUCUGGGUGGCAUUAAUUACGUUCCUAUACGUCGACAUUUUGGACACCACAGCAACUUUAUACUCCAUGGCACGUUUCGCAGGUUUCGUGGAUGAAAACGGUGAAUUCGAAGGGCAAUAUUUUGCAUUCAUGAGCGACGCAGUUUCAAUUGUUGUGGGGUCACUUUUAGGUACGUCCCCCGUAACGACUUUUAUCGAGUCGUCAACAGGAAUACGUGAAGGCGGUAGGACGGGUCUAACGGCGUUAACAACAGGAAGCUAUUUCUUCCUAGCGCUGUUUAUAACGCCCUUACUAGCAUCAAUCCCGGCAUGGGCGGUCGGACCACCGUUGAUCUUGGUCGGUGUUUUGAUGAUGAAAUCAGUGGUUGAUAUAAAUUGGGAUGAUAUGAGAGAAGCAAUUCCAGCUUUUGUUACAUUGAUUUUGACCCCCUUGACUUAUUCCAUUGCAUAUGGUCUAAUUGGUGGAAUUGGGACUUACAUCGUCCUACAUCUUUGGGAUUGGAGUUUGUUACUUCUUAGCAAAUUUGGAAUUGUUGAGGGACCAAAGUGUAAAACUGAAGAGGAAAAUGCAAAUGGGGUUGAGCUUCUUAAUGGCAGUAAUAACAAUAAUGUUAAUCAUCAUGGCGGUGGCGGUGGCGGUAAUAUUGUAGAUACAAACGUAAAAGAAAUUGAUGUAUAGUAGCUUUUUAUUAGGACACUUUUUUUUCCUGUAAUUUUUCCCUUUGAUCUUUUGGUUAAUUCAUUUUCUAGGUAGUUAAUUGUUCUUUUUAUGGAAAGGGUAGGGAGGGUUAAGGGGAAUUUGUUAUGAUUAAGAUUCAUAAAUGUACAUAUACUUGUAUUAGUGAUAAAGCUAAUGUACAUAGGGAUCCUUUUCAAUGUUAUAUUCUGUUUUUAGCUUA